AUGGUGGACGUGCUGGGCGGCCGGCGCCUGCUGACCCGGGACGGCGCGUGGGUGGAGGCCGAGGAGGAGCUGCAGAACAAGGUGGUGGCGCUGUACUUCGCCGCCGGCUGGUGCGCGCCCAGCCGCGACUUCACGCCGCUGCUCUGCCACUUCUACGCGCAGCUGGUGGCCGAGGCGCGGCCGCCCGCUCCCUUCGCGGUGGUGUUUGUGUCGGCCGACGGCAGCGCGCAGGAGAUGCUGGAUUUCAUGCGCGAGCUGCACGGCGCCUGGCUGGCGCUGCCCUUCCACGAUCCCUUCCGGCAGGAGCUGAGGACCAGGUACCACAUCACAGCCAUCCCCAGGCUGGUGAUUGUGAAACCAAGCGGGGAGGUCAUCACCGACAAAGGGCGGAAGCAGAUCCGGGAGCAGGGGCUGGCCUGCUUCCAGAGCUGGGUGGAGGCGGCCAACAUCUUUCAGAAUUUCUCCGGGUGACGCCGGGGGUCUCGGGGGCACCUGCUGCUGCAUCCUGAGCACGGGAAGGGGAGCGGCCGUUUCCUCCCCGCCCGCACUGGUACGGUUUAUGUCCCGGCAGAGAGAAACACUGCCAGGGAGGAUCCCGUAGCCUGCGGAUCCUUAUUUCUGUCACUCUUAGCAGAGCUGUCUUCACGCGAGCCUGAGUAUGCUCCCGUUGGGCUCUUGGGAAUCCAUGGAAAACACAUCUUUAUACCACUCCUCAGGUGAAAGAACACAUUUACGAAUACGUCUUCUGGAGACCUACUUCGGUUAAUGCUAAGUUCUCACGACUCAU